AACAGAAUAAAAUUGUUUGAUUUUUGUUUUGUUUUUUUUUGGUUUUCUGUGAUUUCCCAAAGACGCGUUAACGCGUUAAUCUGAAGUAUAAAUGCAUGCUUCUGUCCGUGGACUUCCGAUCAAGAUCCAUUUACCUCUAAUCAAGAAGCUUUGCCGAGUGUCCCAUGGCAGACUCCACCAGCAAUAUUCAAAAUUCCCCAUCAUCUUCUUGUUCUGAACACCGGUGGGAAUACGAAGUUUUCCUCAGUUUCGGAGGUGACACCCUCAAGGCUUUUACCGACCAUCUCUUUCACGCUCUUUCCUCUGAUAAAGGGAUUCUAACUUUUAGGGACAAGGAAGGACCUGAUACAGGAAAACCCAUCUCGCCGGAACUCUUGAAUACAAUCGAGAAUUCGAGGACAGCUGUCGUCAUUUUGUCAGAAAAGUAUGCAUCUUCCACUCGGUGCUUGGAAGAACUUGCGAAGAUUGUUGAAUGCAUGAACGCGGGAAGGAUGAGAGUUAUGCCUAUUUUCUACCACGUGGAUCCUAGUGAUAUGCUGCAUCAGAAGGGGACUUUUGCAGAUGCUUUGAGAACAGUGGCUGGCCUCAACGGACACCAUUUAAAGGAUGAGCCCGAGUCAGAGUUCAUCCGCAAAUUUGUUGAAGAAAUAUCUAGCGAGUUGAAUGAUACACUCGAAAGUGUUUAUAAGGACAAAUAUGUUGGAAUAGAGUCUUGUGUUGAGAAAAUUGUGAAAUCGUAUAUAGAUAUGGCGUCAAAUGAUGUUCGGUUUAUAGGGAUAUGUGGGAUGAGUGGAAUCGGCAAGACAACUCUUGCAGAAGUUGUUUUUGAAAGGAUCCGUCAUGAAUUUCAAGCUAGCAGCUUUCUCAGAAAUGUCAAAAGACGUGAUUUAGGUGAUUCACAAGAUCAACUCCUCCGAGAUAUGAAGUUGAAAAGUGAAAUACCAAGAUGGGAUGAGCUUAAGGCAAUCAACACGGCAAGUCUUAGACUACGUAACAAAAGAGUUAUUAUUGUUGUUGAUGAUGUGGAUGAAGAAAAGUUGGAAAAAUUAGCAGGGCGCCAUAAUUGGUUUGGCCCAGGGAGUAGAAUCAUCUUAACUACUGAAGAUAAGGGUAUGUUGGAGAAGAAAUGUGGAGAGAAAAAUGUAUACCAGGUUAAAAAAUUGAAUGCAUCUGAUGCUCUGGAGCUCUUUAUUCGAGAAGCCUUCAAUGAACCCCCUUGUGAAGAAGAUUUAUUGAAUAUAUGCAAUGAUUUUGUAAGUUAUGCUGACGGCCAUCCUCUAGAGCUUAAAAAAUUGGGUUCCAUCAUGCAUGAUAUACCAGGAGAUCUAUGGAAACCUGAGCUGGAAAGACUUAAGAGGAAGUAUUGAACUUCCUAAUGACACAACUCAAACAGCUCUUGGUAUCUGAUUAACAGAAAGUGUAUCGAUGUCGAGGUCGGAGGAUGACUCUGUCCAUCAUUGAGUGCUAUAUCUUUAUAAGCUAUUUUUAUUAUUUUUCGCAUUUUAUUUCUUUUGUUAUUUAGUUUCAGACCGUUUAUGUUAUUUUAGUGGCUGUGAAAGGGUUUAGUCCUUAUUCUAUUUAAACUUAGUUUUCUAUUUUUAUUUA